UGACUUACUUGUGGUUGAGGUAGAUCCAGGUGUGAGAAGUAAACCAAACCAAAAUUGUGAAGAGUAAACUACUUCCUGCAGCAGAAAGGAGAAGAUAGACGAUGCCAGACCUGAAAAGAAAGGAUAUCUUUAGGAAUAAAUAGAAUUAUAUACCAGACUCGCUACGCCACCAUAGAGCUGGAGCUACUUGCAGUCACUUGGGCUAUAGCUAAGUGCCGCCUAUACUUGUCUGGACUUUAACAUUUCACCCUAAUGACUGACCAUCGUCCCUUGAUACCGAUUCUCAAUCACUACACUUUGGAUGCUAUUGAGAAUCCACACCUUCAACGCCUCAAGAUGAAAGUGGCCCCCUACAUCUUCACUGCAGUAUGGCACGGAGGGAAAUAACUUUGCAUACCAGACGCCCUGUCUCACUCCCCAACCAGUCGCCCCACACCUGAAGAUGAAGAAGAGUGCACUACUUCGACUGCACAUGUCAGGUGUACCGUUGCCAGCACCGCCACUUCCACUGAUGACCAGGCAACAGGACCCAUCAUCGAAGAAGAUAAGUCUCUACAAGAAAUCUGCACGGCCACAUCUCAGGAUCAAGAUUACAGUUGUCUCGUUCACUACGUCUCCAACGGCUUUCCUACCAACCGCUACCAUCUCCACGCUUCCGCCCUCCCGUAUUGGAAGCUGCGGGACAACCUUUACGCGUAUGGAGAGUUAGUAUUGUAUGGACCCUGGAUCAUCAUCCCUGCAGUCCUCCGUAGACCCACCUUGGAUCGACUCCAUGACAGCCACCGAGGGAUUGAAGCUACUCGACGUCGUGCAAGGCAGACAGUAUUCUGGCCAGGCAUAAAUGCAGAUAUCAAGAGUAAAGUAGAAAGCUGUGAGGCCUGCCAACAGCUUCUCCCUAGUCAGCAACAAGAACCUUACAUGUGUGACGACCAUCCAUCCCGGCCCUUCGAAAGUGUGUCAGCUGACUUCUUCCACGUGGCAGGGAAAUUCUUCCAUGUGGCAGGGAAAUCCUUCCUUGUUAUUGCUGAUAGACUUUCAGGCUGGCCUGUGGUUGUUCCCUGUGGACGUGACACAACUGCAGCCAGAGUUACAAGAAUGUUCUGUGUUUUCUUCUGCAAGGUUGGUGUUCCACUCCGCUUACGAACUGAUGGAGGACCCCCAUUUUCCAGCCACGACUUAAAGCAAUUUGCCGACCGCUGGGGAGUUCAUCACAUCAUCACUUCUCCACAUUACCCUCAGGCUAAUGGACAUGCAGAAGCUGCAGUGAAAGCUGUUAAACACUUUAUCAUCAAGACUGCCCCAUCCGGGAACAUAGAUUGUGAAGCCUUUGAUGGAGGACUGCUGGAGCUUCGGAAUACACCGAAUCCCGUUGGACGCUCCCCUGCGCUGAUUCUCUAUGGUCAUCCUCUCCGCAUUUGUGUUCCGGCUCACCCCAGAUCAUUCACAGAGGAGUGGCAAACUAAGACUGAAGACUACGACUGUCGCACUGCUGCCCAAACUGACCAGGCCAUGAGCCUUUACAAUUUUCAUGCCCGCCCUCUACCCAAGCUCACCAUCGGCCAACGAGUUAGGAUACAGGACGCAACGACACUUCGAUGGGACAAGGUCGGCAUCGUGAUGGGCUGCAGAAUGUCAAGAAAGUACGAAGUAAGCCUUCCAAGUGGUCUUGUAUGGUUUCGAAACCGAAGACAUUUACACCCAAUGGCUAAUAUGAGUGAUGACACCUCUCCCCAAGUCCCUGUGUCCCCUUGCUCUGGCCAGGAAAGAAACCCAUCAUUCGAGCCCUCCAAUGUCCCUUGUCAUUCACCUCGACUAGCUCAGAGGAAUUAAUGUUCCACUCGAGACACUGCUACGAGCGUAAAGGGGGAGGGAGGUGUAUAGAUAUCUAAUGUUAUGCUGUAUAUUACUUACAUUAUGUACAGUUUAUGAACAUUAAUGUACAUUUGCUUUAUUAUUAUUUUGUAGAAGAAUGAUAUUUAUGUUUCCAUUUAUCUUUUCCCAUUGCACGUAUUGUAAGACCACUAGUUCAUUAUGCAUCGUGGCGGCAACUGUAAUUAUGUGUGGCAACACUGCUUUUUUUUCCGCCAUAUGCAUAAUCAGUCGCUGUUCAGUGGUCAUUGUAGUGACAAGCAUGGACCUGCUUCCCACUGCUGUCACAUUGAUGUCGUAUAUCUUCAUCAUACAAGAUUUUAAAGAAUCUACGAGUUUAAUUUGUCACCCUUCAUUCCAUUUCUUGCAUGGAUGUAUGUGGCAGUAUCACACACAACAACGAUGACAACCUCAAGCAUGAAUGAGGGUAAUAUGACACAGGUUA